AAUUACUUGGGAAAAGGAUUACUACCCACUUCUCUUCCAUUUCCGUUCCUCUUUUUCUGCUCCCUGAUAAACGCUAGCCAACAAACCAACAAACAAACACAUCGCAGAUUUGCAGGAAUUCCAGCAGCAGCAGCACUAGUAUAGUAUUGUUUCUCGCUGCUCUCUUCUCUGACACAAAGAAGAAGAAGAAGAAAAUGGUGGUGGUGGUGAUCGACAGAAGCAGGCUGCGGCAUCAGAGCGGCUAACUGUUUGUUGUGAGACCAUGACUUGGGCUGCUUCAACGAGAAUCUGCCGCAGUUUCCCCCUCUGUCUAUUGCCCAGUUCAGAUCUGCCGCUUUUAAUUAAGCUUUGUUUUUGCUUCUUCGUCCUCAUCAAUCUAACCCCCUUCUCAUUAAUGGCUUCUGCAGGCGCUCCAGCCUUGUGAGUGGUGACAGUUGAGAGGGAGGAAAAGGGGAAAAUCGUGCUAAAGGAUCAAUCUUUUUCCCACCCUCGAAGCAGGGCAGAGGUCAGCUCAGAGGAAAAAAGAAGGCAACUUUGUGGAAAUGGCGGGUUUAGGGGAUGGAGCAGGAAGUUCUAGUGAAGGAGCUCCGGCGGCGGUAGCUGCGAAGAUCCGGCUUGUGCGGUGCCCGAGAUGUCGGCAGGUUCUCCCUGAGCUACCCAAUGUCCCUGUUUACCAGUGCGGGGGCUGUGGCACCCACCUCCAAGCCAAAAUCCGCCCACCAAGUGGUGAAAAUUCCCCAUCCACUUCCAAUAAUGGGUCGUCGGCAGCAGCUGCUGCUUCUGCUGACUUGAAUACAUCGGCAUCUUCAAGCAGCAGCAGCAGCAGUAUUUCUGUUCAUCCGCCUGUUGUUCAAGAUUGUUCUGGUUCUGGGUCUGGGGAGACUUCCCUGGAUUCUCCGGUUGGCUUAAAGGAUUCAACUUUCAUCAAGCCUUCAAAUGAUGAUGAUCAGAAGUCUGAGAGCAAGGCAUCAAAUGGGCCUGUGAGUGAAGAGAUUGAUGAGAACGAAUGCAGUGAUCAGCAGCAGCAACAGCUCCCUGGGGUUGACUCUGAAUUUUCCAUGGGAGAUCAAGUUGUGAGGAAGGAGAAGGUGGAUGUGGCUGAUUAUGGAGAGUCUUCGGAUCGUGAUGCAUUUGUUGAGAAGGAAGAAAUGCUCCUAGAUAGUGGAGUGGAUUCUGAAGAUGACGUCGAUAGAGGUGUUGAGAUUGCUAAAGUAGAUGUCCUAAACUCGACUCCUUUGGACUCGAGAAGAUCGAGCAAAGAGAAUGCCAAAAGUGAGAGUCCUUUGGACUCGAGAAGAUCGAGUACAGAAAAGAUAGGUUAUAUUGCUACAGAGAAUGUCAAAAGUGAGAGCCCUUUGGACUCCAGAAGAUCGAGCACAGAGAAGAUGGGUUAUACUACUACUGAGAGCACCUCGACAACAGUCACUGCUGGGAGCCCCGCACUCGGAGAGAGCAUCUCUGGAGAUACUCAUUCGGGUCUGCCACCUCGUGACAAGCAGCAGCUCAAUCGGCUCAAGGAAAGAGUGCGUCAUGGGAUAGAUAAUCGUCAGUACGUAGUAGAAGACACAUUCGAAGCAUCUGAUGAUUUCAUGAACAACAUGAGUUCUGAGCUGAGUGAGAUGCUUGUAGAUUUGUCCAAAUCUCCUACCACCAGAAGCACUCAUGCUUAUUAUGAGGGCUUCUCCUCUUACGAGGGAACUGAUCAUGAUCAGAUGCCUGGCGGUAGAUACAGACCUCAUUACAGGAAUCCUUAUAGCUAUAACCCUGGGAACUAUAAUAAUAUUGCUGAAGAAAGGGAGGAAGAAAAUCAUAAUGCCCUUCCCGGUAGGAACUUCGGGAUGCAGCAGUAUCAGCAUCAAAAGAACUAUUAUUCCCCAGAUAUGAAUCAAUAUCUAGAAAGGGAUGAACUUUUGCCUCAACCGCCUCCACAUACAAGGAGUUACAUGAAUGGCUAUGGAAGUGGCAGCUCCCCCUAUCAUUUGCAGGGUGGAUUUCAUUGGAACUCAAACUUCCACCCGACAAUUAGCCCUGUCGACAUUGAGCAGGAGAAGAUCAGAUUAUUGAGAAUGGUUUAUGAGUUGGAAGAUCGACUUACCAGAUCUUGCUCCCUGAACGAUAAAGCUAGUAGUGGAAGUGUUGCAGCUGGAGGUCUUUGGAGGGAUCAGCAGGUCCCCAGGCCAUAUAGAGAGGCAAGCAGCUGGUCUCAGCCUCAGCAAAGGCAGCAGCAUUCGAGAAUACCAUUCUCGGCUGAAGCAACAAAAAAUGGCGGCAGGCACAAAGUGGAUCACUCUUUCUGCUCUACAAAUUGCAAUAACCACAACAGAGCAUUUUGCAGGGUUCACUCUGAUGCAAAUGUUUGCAACUCGUAUGCCUCUUGUCCCUCUACUCCUCAAAGACACAUGGGGUUCGGUGAUCAAAGGCCUAACAGAGAUAAUGAUUUGAAGAAGUAUCACUUGGCCAAUAAGAAGCAUCUUCUCCCUGUAGCCGGUGGAGCACCAUUCUUGGCUUGCCCUCGUUGUUUGAGCCAGCUGCAACUGCCUGCAGACUUCCUCCUUUCUAAGAGGAAGUGCCAUCGGCUGCGAUGUGGUUCCUGUUCUGAGAUACUCAAGUUUUCACUUGUCGACAGAACUCGCUUGGUCCCUUACUCACCCACUGCAAAUGCAUCAUCUGGUUCCUUUAAACACGUUGGACAUAGAAAGAGGGUAAUCUCAGACAAGCGGGGUAAGGAUCCGGUGGAAGCAUAUGAUGCUGUUGGGCCUUCCGAUAGCAAGGGGAAGAAGGAGAAGAAAUCUACAGAAAUUGAGAUAGAGGAGAGAGGAGGGUCGCCACUUCAUCGACUAAUGGGGUACUCCACACUCAGCGCUGUCCUUGUUGGCACUGGCGCAAGGGUGUAGAAAGGGUUCCAGAUACAGGAGCCUAGCUCAAAUAUGGACUGUGAAUUCUCUGCAUUCAAUUUGGUCCUUUUCAUUUCUCACUGAAGUGAAUUGGGGGCGGCAGCUCAGAGUGAAACAGUAAAUAGUAUAGAAGGUAGAAAGUUCGAUUUUGUUGGAGCUGUGUGUGUAUAGAAAUUCAGAAGAAGAGAAGACUCCAACUUGAUUUCAUUGAUUUAUUUAGGCAUUCAGGGUAUAGUUGAUUCUGCAUGUUGAUUUUGUUUCUUUUGAGGGCAUUUAUUUGUGGUGUACUAUAAAAGAAGGAGGAAACUGGUUGUUUUGCUCUAAUGCAAACAUGUAUAAACACUACUUCAGUUUUGUCAUUUCUGGCAAUGUUUCUAUGCUAAGAGCCAUUG